AUGGCCGAGGAGUUUUAUCGAUCGACUGAUCUUCCGUUGGAGUCCGCUCGCGAGGCCCUAUCAGUUUCGACUCCCUUAAGGAAGUCUGUAGUUUUGAGCCAUCUCUGUUCAUCUUGUCCCGUCUUCGUAGGAGAGAUAUUUCUACCCACAGACUUGUUCGUAUUGCUAAUGGCUGAGUAUGAUGUUAUCCUGGGUAUGGAUUGGCUUGCCGAGUACCAUGCUAUGUUGAAUUGCUCUGACAGGAUAGUCACGUUCUGCAUACCCGACUUGCCUAUGUUCCAGUUCAUUGUCAAGCUAAGAGGAGAGCCGUUGUCUAGCUUGUUGGCCUGUGUUGUUAAGGAGUCAAUGACUGGGUGUUUUGAGCAGUUGCCGAUAGUUUGUGAGUUCCUAGAUGUAUUUCAGGAGAUUCCGGGUUUGCCGCCGUAUUGA